AUGAGGGCAUCGAUCGAAAGCAUAUUUCGCUGGUUGAGUCAAACAACAUUUCCUGCAAGCGCAAGAAUCUAUGAAAUUGAUGAUUCUGAAGAAAGUGGAGCCGAUACGAUGAUGAUCGACCUGAUGGUUGAGCAGGUUCAGAGCGAAGUGGUACAACUGGAGAAACAGAAGGAAGCUGUCAAAAUCCCAAAUCCAGCAAAAAAACGCACACCAGACUAUUCCUGGUUGAUAUCAAAAAGUCUAGCUCGGCACAGAAAAUACUUGUCUUUUCAAGAAAAGCUAACUGUUGAAACGAUUUGCACACCGAUCAAACGUAACGAAUGGGCUAACCUAAUAAUGACCUGGCGAGCAAAGAUCCAAGGAGCAACAGACCGAAACCAGAUAAUCGAAGCGUUGAAACAAACAGUUGAUGAAACUAUACUUUCCAGACCAAAGAAACACUCAUUUGGAGAUAUUCUUAUGAAUUACAUAAGGCAUCGACAAAGCUUAAACUCAGUUGGAGACGAAAGCCCACGAACAGAAGCUAUGGAGCUUGAGGCCGUUCAGCAAAAUAAUUCUCCAGACAGGUAUGCUGACCUCGCCCGUAUAGUUUAA